UUUGCCCCCGUGCCGCGGCUCUCUCUGCAGGAAGCGGAGCGCGGCCGCGUGCGCUCGCCGGGGAAAGUUUGGUCCCGGGCCGAAGCGCCGCCUGCCCGCGGGGCGGGCGCGAUGCCGGGGCGCGAGGCCGAGCGGCGCGGGGCGCUGUGCCUGGGGCUGCUGUUGCACGCCCUUCUGGGCUGCGGCUCGGCGCAGCCGCCCGCCGCCUGCCCGGCCCCCUGCGAGUGUUCGGAGGCGGCCAAGACGGUGAAGUGCGUGAACAAGAACCUGACGGAGGUGCCGCCCGACCUGCCGCCCUACGUGCGCAACCUCUUCAUCACCGGCAACCGCCUGGACCGCCUGCCCGCCGGCGCGCUGUCCGCCCCGCGCCUGGCCGAGCUGGGAAGCCUCAACCUCAGCGGCAACCACCUGCGGGCCGUGGAGGCCGGUGCCUUGGCCGCCCUGCCCGCCCUGCGGCAGCUGGACCUCGGCGGCAACCCGCUGGCGGAGCUCAGCCCUCUGGCCUUCGGGCAGGCCGGCCCGCUGGAGGAGCUGGCCCUGCGCGGGGCCCUGCGGAAGCAGGACGCGCUUCUUGGCCUGGCUGCCCUGCUGCAGGCUGGGGCCCUCCGCAACCUCAGUCGCCUGGAGCUGGCCGACAACGGGCUGCUGUUGCUGCCCGCCGGCAUGCUGGGCGCACUGCCUGCUCUGCGGCACCUAGACCUCAGCAACAACUCGCUGGUGGGGCUGCGGAACGUCUCCUUCCAGGGGCUGGUUCGUCUGCAGAGCCUCAACCUCAGCGACAACUCGCUGGGAGUGCUGCGGAAUGGCACCCUGGCCCAGUGGCGCGGGCUGCCCGCCCUGCGGCGCAUCAGCCUCAGCCGCAACACCUGGGUGUGCGACUGUGCCAUCGAGGACAUGGUGGCCUGGCUGAAGGAGAGCGACCAGGUGGAGGGCAAGGAGGCCCUGAGCUGCGCCUUCCCCGAGAAGAUGGCGGGCAGAGCCCUGCUGAAGCUCAACACGUCAGAGCUCAACUGCUCCACACCCGUGGACGUGCCCUCCCAGCUACAGACUUCCUACGUCUUCUUAGGGAUAGUCUUGGCUCUCAUCGGGGCAAUUUUCCUCCUGGUUUUGUACUUGAACCGAAAAGGGAUCAAAAAGUGGAUGCACAACAUCAGAGAUGCCUGCAGGGAUCACAUGGAGGGAUAUCACUACAGGUAUGAGAUCAACGCCGACCCCAGGUUAACAAACCUCAGCUCCAACUCGGACGUCUGACAGCGCCGCGGCAGUGGCCGUGCACCAUAGCUAUGCAUGACAUAUAGACUGAUGCUUUGCCCUUGUGCUCGCUUCCCUUUCCCCAGAGAAAUCUCGGACAUGCUCACAGCAUGAAGGGGAUAUGCCUCUGUGCGUUGCUCAUUGCCAUCCUCCCUUUGUUCUGAGACGCCGGGCAGCUGCGCAUGGUGUUGCACUGCACGCAAGAAACAAGCUGCUACUUCUCCUCUUCCUUACCAAUUCUCAUGGUGGGAAAUUUUUUCAAGAUCUCAAAAGAGAAAAGGAUACUGUGCUACAAAGCCACCGGAGUUUAUAACAGAUACAUACACCCCCCCCCCCCACACACACACAAUUAUCAUUCAACAAAACCUGCCUCAACUUUUUGAGAAAAACGUUAAAUCCUCUGUGCCAGUUUUAAAUCUUGUAUAUCUGAAUCCUGAUGAUAAUGUUUCCAUUUCAUAGACUUAACUUUGGAUUUAGAAAAACAAAAAAAAACUCCUUUUAACAAGUCCUCUGUUACAAAGAAGGAAAUCAAACAGUGAGCACGCACAAAUACUUCUUAGUUUAACGUGUUAGGACACUUACAGUCUCAGUGAAUCACUUACUAUUUUGUACUGUAAUUUUUGAUUGCAGUUUACCUGAAAAUGGAUUUUUUUUUCUAUACAUAAACUGCAUCUAAACUCCAUUUGAACUGUUCAAUUCAAUAAACAGUCUUGCAAGAACUUGUGUGGAAGUUUCCUGUUUAAUGAGAAAUGAAUGGACAUCUAAGAAUGUUAAUAACUUUGUGGGCUCUGGAGUAAUAGCCCUCGGCAGUACUCCGAAUAAAAUCCUGUACGUGUGUAGCUUCGAGAUAUAAAUGUUGAUAAUGGUUCUGUGAUGUACACUUUAAGAAUUACACUGAUUACGACGAGAGUGGUUCCACUUGGCACAAAAGCCCUGAUCUGCUCUCUUGAGACAACUGCAAAACGUCAGGACGGAUGCGAGGGUCUGUCUAGCUGGGAAGGUAGAAGCUGAAUUUACAUUAGGUUUUCUCUACCAUAUUGAAAAACAUUCAGAUUAAACUGUGGAGUUGGUAAGCUAAAGAAAAUUGUACCUGAAUGGAAUUGUUUUUUUAUAAAAGACAUACUUGCAGAUUCUGAUUGAAAUUGGAUGCAGCUCAGUCGGUGAGCUUCAGACUUGUAAAUCAGUGCAGCACUUGGUAAAUUAAGUGCUUACUGUUUCAUUUAAAACUCUCAAUGCAGUCCUUUAGUGAUUACAUUGAGUAACUUGAUGGAGCUUACGUUUAUCUUUAAACUUCUAGCAAGUACAUUCAAGAAUUGUAUUAUUUCUCAUGCUUAUUACUUGCUUGGGAAUGCUUUGUCAUGUAAAUAUAUGAAGCAUGCAGAGAAAAACUUGAAAAAUGCAUCAUCUAAUAAGUAAUUCUGGUGGCUUAUCAAAAGGUUAACAAGAACCUUUCAAACACCACCGAUAAUUAAUGCACUUUUUCUAAUACGUUCAUAGGUUCUUGACAAAAAACGUACACCGAGUGUGAAAGUGUAAUGUAAGUUGGUACAUUUCAGUACAGUGGUGGAGCUUUUCUCAUGGUCACUGUUACUGGAAGCUCUCAAGAAUCUCUAAAAUAUUACGAGUUAGCUGCUAAUUUCCUUCAUUUUCAAAAGGUACAGUUUUUCUCAUAGGUAUGCACCUUUUGGUAAGAGCUCAUAAAUAUAAAACAGUCCUCAAGGUAUCAGAAAAAAUGUGAUCUAUUCUGGGCAUCACUAUUAUUCAAAUGCAUUUUUCUCUCCUUGUAACUUCAGACACUGUCAGAGCAAAUAGCACAAGUUGGUUCGGACUAAUUUUCUAUUGCUUUAAAUGGGCUUUAUUCAAUACCAGCUAUUUUUUUAAUGUGCUUUUAUACACUUGCCCUCAAAAGUAAUAAAGAAUAUUAAGUACAAUUAAUAUUUUGAUAAAUCUAUGUAUUCUACAACUGAUGUGAGUUAGCGAUAGCCUGUUUCUGCUGGUGUACUUUAAAUGUAUGAGCAAUACCUGAAUAACAGCAUCUGAACUUAAGUUUGUGGAUUCUUAAAUUGCUGGCCUGAACAUUAGCUGCACAUAACUUAAGGAUAGUGUAAAAAGCCCAGUGUGGUUAAUUAUUACUGUGCAACUAUGCAUACUGUUCAUACUUAGCAUACAUACAAUAAUCCAUGUAACAAGGUAGAGCUUACAGUAGCUGUGCAGUGUGUCGUGUAUUUUGGAGAUUAUCAGCUUACACUCAUCUAUACAGUACCAAGAGGAGAAAAGCAUCAUCUUUGCUCCUGUAGUAUUAACAAAAUGUGUACAACCAAGCCAUUUCUUGGGCAGUGUCCUGGUUUUGGUAACAUGCUUUCAAGUAACUGCAGUAGAAACCUAUUAUUCAUAGUGUGUUAAUGUAAUAAACAUGCAUUUAUGGAACUGUGUAAGGUUAGGCAAUGACUUGAAUCACAGUCUGUCACCACUGGACUGAGUAUUUGUAUAGUGAGCAAGUGUAACUGUUGUACCACACUUCUUAUUCUAAAGAUAAUUAUUAUUUUUGUAUCAUAGAAUGUCUUUGUGAUAGAGUUUUAUUAGAGACUUGGUGAUGGCUACUUUAAAAUAUUUCUUUCCCGCUUGCUUACAUGUACAUUUAAUUAGGAUGUAACAGUAAGCAUGUGUCAAUAUUGUGUUGGAUAACAUUCUCCUGCAGUGUUUGGCUGACAGUGAAUGCCUUGGUGUUUUGUACAAUGCAUUUGUUCUUAAAUCCCCUUCUAUAAACAGUGCUUGAAAUCUGUUAUCCCUUCCUAUUACAAAAUAGGUAUGGUGGUACUCGGAAGACAUUUAAAAAAUAGCUUCCAAAGUGCUUCAGAGCUUGGUUUAAAAAUAUAUAUUUAAAAUAACAUCAAUUUAAGGUUCUUCUGAAGUACAUUUUAUAAUCCUAUUCUGCUUUGACACCUAAAACAUCAAUUGAUUACUAUUUCUAGAGCAGCUUAAUUAGCCAGGCUGUUUUAUUCAUACAUUCUUCAAUAAAACACGUGCAGUACUAAAUGCCUAUAAAAUGUGUUUUGUAUACAUAAAACCCCAGAGUUCUGCAUGGUGCAGUUGUCAUUGAUGUUUCAUGGAAAACAUAAAGCAGAGGGCAAAUCUGCAGGGAAGGCAACACAAGAAGCAAAAAUGAGGGAUUAUCCAAGGGUCAGCUGCCCUCUUAAAACUAGCUGUAGUUGUAAUGAGCCCAAAACUUCCUCAGAGGAAUAGUGCAAGGGUUUGAAGUAGUUCUAAUGCAAUUUAAAUAUUUUCACUAAGCACUGUAGCCAAUUAAACAAGAAAAUUUUCUAAGUCUUCCUUUACCCGCGGUAGGUCAAUGUUAGCUCACCUGUUGUAUUUUACUCUCAGCAAGCCAAAAUAUUCCAAAUAUUUUUUUACAUGUAAAAAGUAAUCUGAAGCUGUAUGUAAGUACUUGUAAAUCACCCAGAACAAAAAGAUUUACUUUCAAGAACUGGUGGCAUUCCCCUGCGACACGCUGUCUGAUGAAGCAGCUUGCUCAGACCUGUGUUCGGUUGUUGACUGAGAUGUUGCUAAAGACAGGCAUGACAAAAUAUUCACAGUACAACUGCACUAAGAUCCAAACUCAUUAUUCUACCAGCAUUUUUCCCUGUGGUAUACUCUGCUCUUUAUGCAUCCACAUAAUUUCUUCUUUGUCUCAUUUUCCCAAGAAGUCCAUUAAAAGGAGCACGAGAAGCCUGCAUGGGUAGAGAAAUCAUUCUGACUGCACCUGUAUCUGUGGUUUAGCAUCUUCAUUUCCCUUUACAUCUUAGCAUGAAAAAGAGACUUUUUCAAGGUGGACAGAGUAAAAUCUGAUAUGAACUUUAGCAGCUGAAUGUUGAAGAAGAACCAUUCAUUCUGAGCGUGUGAUGAAGGAAAAUAGCAUUUGGUAAGAAAAACAUUUCAGUUUCAAGCUUCCAAAUGGCAUUUAUAUUUUUAAGAGAAAGUUGAAGGGAUAAGUUUAUAAGGCAAAAAGUUAACAGCACUGAAAAUCUCAACACUAUUGCCAGGAAAAAUCACUGACUGAUUUUGUCUUUUAUGUUGAGGUCAUAUUUUAUGGAUAUGGCUCUAAUUUCCCCUGUUGCUAUAAAUAGAAAUUUUGCUAUCAGGCAAAGUCACGUCCUGUAAUAUUUGUAAUGCAAGUAUUUCUAGUGUGCAUUUUUUUUGUGGGGUAUAAUAGACAGUGGAAUUCGAUUUGGUGUCUGCUGAUUUAAUAAGGGCUAGAUCAGGCCCACUAUGUAAUGCUCUGUUUUUGUAAACAUGCUGUUUACUAGUUGCAGAGCCCUUGACUUGAAAUCAAACAACGAAAGCCCACCAAGGCAGAGGGGAAGGCAGCUCGCUGAGGGAGUAUGACAUUUAUUAGAUAUUCCAUACAUGCUCAGAGAACAGACGUAAACCUUGCAGGAGCCGAGGGUCCUUUGCUGAUGCAGAAGUUAAGUGUGUUACUGUGACUUCUUGAGACAAUCGAGCAGCAGCAGAAAACUGGUGCCUUGCACCAGUCCAUAACAGCACUCCUCUCCCAGCUUGGAAAAAAAAUAAUAAUAAUAACAUAGGCUUAUCAAAGUACAAAUACAGGUUUGCAGUAUAUGUGCAGCUUUAAAAAUGAAUGUUGCUUUCUCAACAGCGUUACAGUUUUCACAUUGUCACAUCCUUGGAAAAUCUUACAUGCCGGAAGUCGUCUGUAGCAUAGGAAAAGCUUGAAAUCAGGCUCGUGUUCCCAAUCUUAUCCUAAGUAGAAGUAGGGAAUUAUUAAAAUCAUUUAAAUGGUGCUCUAGGCACUAUUUGUAUUUCAGUAAUCCACUACUUGCAAUUACUUAUAUUUUUCAGAAUGUUCAUUAGAUGGCUUUUCCUUCCUGAUGACAGAAUAACAAAAUAACAGAACAUAUUUGUUUUCUAGUAAUUAUGCAUGAAAGCUCCAAAUAAAUUAGCAAAUGUUUCAGUGUGUAGAGUGAUGAAAAUGAUAAAAAUCUAUCUAGCAUUCUGGAAUAUUGCACUACUCUAGAAAUUUUAGACAUGCAAGAUACUGCUGUGAAUUUCUCAAAUUGAAGCUGUAUUUCAUAAUUAAAAUGAUACUUCAGUAAAAGAAAAUGUAUACCAGAUAACACAUAAAUGAUGUGUGUUCAGCGUGCUAAUUAUUGUAAAUCCUUGUAAAUAUUGAGAUCCUUUCUGUCAUUUUCUUUAUAGCUCAAACUGAUUAUUGUACUGUGAAUUUGCAUGACACAAUAGUGGAAAAGCAACUUCCAUUUAGAUAGCACAAUUAUUUUCUUUAGAAUGAAAUUUAAUCAACUAAUUUAAGGGAUUGUGGUUUAAUCACUUAAUAUUUUGGACAUAAUUAGAUAGCAUUUUUUGUUAAAAUGUGCUGUAUUGAUUUGCAAGAUGGGUGCAGACUCUAAAUUUAAUAGUGAUGGACUUUUAUUUUUCUUAAUGUGUGAAUCAAAAUGUAUUUUAAAGUCUUCAAAUAUGUAUUUACGUAGUGAAAUACAGAGGCAGUGUUACUGACAGCAUGAA